AUGGCUCUAUUCCGAAAGGAUUCUAAGCGGGAACCAGGAUACUCUCAUCCAUCAUCAAGGAGUACAUCGGCACGGUCAUCACCCUCACCAGAGCCGGCGUUUUCACAAUUCUGCAAGCAUCCUGCCGUUGCCGUCGAUGUUUCCAAUUCGAGUUCCGAUAUAAGCGCUAUUGCAGAUGAUGAUUUACAUACACCAAUUUCCCAGGGCAUUCCACUUCCCCAGGCAAAGCCAUCUCCAACCGUCGGCACCAGACAUAGGAGUAGUUCCAUGUCUCAGCGAUUGAAGCAUCUUUUUGCACCACAUCUGUCGAAAAGGGAAACACUGGAUUCACCAACAAACUUGUCGAAAUUGCAACCAUUGCAAACAAGUGGCUUUGAUGACUCUAGAUCGGUUCCCUCAUCUCCUGCAAUCAAAAUAGACUCUGCAAUUGAUCACAAUGAAAAGCAUCUAUCUUCUGCUGUUCAUUCGGCAGUGGCUCUAGAGCCUGUUUCACCAGUUUUAACUCCAGUGGUAGCCUCGGGUAAAAAAACGCCUAUUUCUGCCAAAGACCACACAUCGGAGCUCACAAAGGAGCUCUCGAACUCGAUGGCGAAGUUGUCAAUGAGAUCGGCAAUUCCAGAAAACAGUCUCGAUGACGUUAUUGAGGAAGAAGAUGAGGAGUCUGAUGAAGAGUCAGAGGAAGAAAAAAGGAGAAAGGAAAAGGAUAGACUCAAAGUUCUUGAAUCAGAUGGUAACAGUGAGCCUCGUUCCUCAUCACAAGACAAUCACCACCGUCAUCGUCAUCAUCACCACCAUCACCAUAAUCCCGGUUCGCAUGAACAUUUAGAAUUCCGGUCAUCGCCUUUCAUAAGACCUGCACCUAGACACAGAGCAACAAUCUCAGCAUCAAUAGCUACCAGUCCAAAGUCUACGCCUGUUUCGCCCAAUAUCGUGCCUUUGGAAGGCUCAUCUCCUCCGAUUCCUGAUGUUGAUUCUGGGUUCCGAAGUGAUACUACAAGUAGUGCGAACACUCGCCGCCGCCACGGAAGUUUCAGGUUGCUUAAGCCAUCAUCUGUUGACUCUUCUCCAGUCGGGUCGAGGUCGAAUUCGGGCAGUGAAUCAAGAUCAGGGUCUACAAAUGGAUCAAGAAAUCGCUCAAAUUCAGAUGCACUCGCCGCUCAUGAUAGCUUUUUGAACUCUCUCAAGCAUUCCCAGUCCAUCAAUUAUUCCACUGCACAUCUGUUUAACCAGAAGGUCUUCAAGCUGAAAAGUUCGCGUGUCAGAGUUUCUGCAGAUGGACUCACCCAUGAGCAUGAUUACACUAAAUUCAAAACGCAACCAAUAAAGCCAAACAGAGGUCUUUUUGGAUGGAUGAAACGUAAGGAUGCAGAUGACGAGUCAUACACUACCGUCGAGCAUUCGAUAAGUCUUCUCCCAGACUCCUAUAGCCAGCAGCUAAUGGAGCUAAAGAGCGAUCCUACUAACUAUAGGUGGAACUAUGAUGAUACAGACGACGACGAUGAUGAUGAUGAGGCGGAUGAAGAUAAACAGAAUGGAGGAAAGAAAAAUGGCAAUUCAAGACAGAAUGGCUUUGAUCUUGAAGAUGAAGAGGAAGAUGAAGAUGACGAUGAUAAUAACGACUUCGAUGAUGAAGCUGAUGAUGAGUUGAUUGAACCGAUUAUUGGUAAAGAGCAGCUUAAGCUUAUUAAUGUCAUGAUGGACAAAAUCGAACAUCCUGAGAAGUUCAAGGAUAGGAUGCGUGCAAAAGGUACGAAUAAGAAGCCGCUGAUAGAGAAAUAUGGACGUAUUGAAGGCUUUAUUGGCAAGGGUUCAUAUGGAACUGUUUCGAUUUCUUCGAAAAUUUACAAUGGUGACAAGAAACGCAAAGUUUACUUUGCCAUAAAACAGCUUAAAAGAAGAAACGGCGAAAGUCUGCACCAUUUUGGUAAUAGAGUGACAAGUGAGUUUAUGAUUUCAUCCUGCUUAACUCAUCAGGCUAUAAUCAAUGUCUACGAUCUUAUGGUGGAUCCAGUGUCUAUGACUUACUCACAAGUUAUGGAAUUCAUUCCAUGCGGUGACCUUUUCUCUUUAAUUUCAGCGACAAAUGGACUUAGUGUCAUUGAGUGUGAUUGCUUCUUUAAACAAAUUUUAAACGCUAUCACAUAUCUGCACUCAGUUGGAAUCUCACAUAAUGAUUUAAAGGUUGAGAACCUUCUUCUUACGAAAAAGGGCCAACUAAAAAUUAUAGACUUUGGUACUUCGGCUGUUUUCAAAACUGCUUGGGAGGAUAAAGUUCAGUUUUCUCGGGGUCCAUGUGGAUCUGAAAGGUAUGUAUCUCCUGAACAGUUUGAUAAAAAGCAUAGUUAUGAUCCAAGACUUGCGGAUGUCUGGUCUCUAGGUGUGAUAUAUUUGGUGAUGCUGUACGGUAAUUACUGCUGGGAUGUUGCCAAAGAUUGUGAUGAAAGAUAUGAUGAGUUUUUGGAUACGCGGGCAAAGUUCGACUAUAGUCGGAGAUCAAAGAUCAAUCAUAAGCAAUUUAAACUAAUAAGAAAAGGAAUGUUCAACCAAAUAGAGUCCAUAAACAGCGGGCCGUAUACGAAUUCUCGAAAAUAUGUUCUUUAUAAUGUUUUGAAUCCAAAUCCAAAGUAUCGUAUGAGGACAUAUCAGAUAUGGCAAAGUGAUUGGAUCAAAAGCUUCCGAGUUUGUGAGGCCGGUAGGGGUUAUCUUUCUUACAAUGAUUAUAUUGAACUUGCUCUGCAGACAGCUCAUGCAUGUGCCACGGUAGCAACAUCAGUUCCUGCAUCAGCUGUGCUUGCAAAAGCACCUGCAUCUGGACAAACAAGUUCACAGAAGAGUACGCUAUCCACAGAAAGCUCAAGACGGAAACCAAAAAAGGUUAAUUAG